UUUUCAGUGAGAGAAAUCGAAAACUAAAUUGGCCGAGCACAGUAAACAUUUGUUUUAGUGUCAGUGUUUUACGAAGACUUCAGCAAACGACUGGUUGUGUAUUUCAUUUUAGAAAUAGUUUUCCCCUAAAGACAACCAAAAUUUUCUUGCCCGAGCGCCUUGUUUUUAUCAAAUUUAAAUUUUAGUGGAACCAAUUUCGGCCGAAGAAUCCGAGUCUUUUCACAAAUUAGCAAAUUUAAUCAGAAAAUUUAGGGGAACCAGACAAAACAGAGAUGCCAAUCUUCGCGAAAAACCUACCAUGCAUUCGGCAUCUGGCCAAGAGGACUCUAAUUGAGGGGCGGCGCUGGAUAUCGGGCCUAGAGAAAGGUCAAAACAGCGCAGCCCAAAACGUAAAUCCCUGCUACAACAACUGGCCCAUGAGAGAGGAGUCUUUUGCGGCAGCCCAGCAGCUCCGCCAAAGGCAGCAGAGCCGCCGGUGGAGCAACAACUACUCCGGCCUGGACUCCGCCAUGUUUCGACCAGUCGCCAAACCGGAUGAGGUGGUGCCCCGCCGCAACAAUGUGUUGGCCGCCCAGAACGCGGCCAGGAGGCGGAACUUCAAGUCGGCCCAGGUGGCCCAAUACCAGCAGCGGCAGGAGGAAGAGCAGAGACUGGGCGGCGAACCAGAAGCCACGGCGGAGGAGCACGACUACGAGUCGGAUCUGGAGGUCCGAUCGGUACGGGAGACCGUUUUCGGCCUGCCGGAGGACAACUCGGAAGAGGAGAUGGAUCGCGCCCGGGCUGAGCAGGAGCUUCUCCAACGCGUGGCCGACGCCUCCAAGCAAGCGGAACGUUUGCCCGAAAGCGCCACCAUAUCCCGAAAGGUCAUCUCACCAUACAACUCCUACCGCAGCCAUCGCACCCGAUGGGCGGAGUUCCGGCACAGCAUGAUCUUCGGCCGUACGAGUUACUGAGCGAGGAGAAGAGGAGCCUCAAAAGAAGGUUCAUCCUUAUCCAUUGACGUCUACCUUUCCGGAAGUGAGAAAUUUACGGUUGCAUUUUUAUGUGAGGGCUGGCGAUUUUCAAGAACAAAUAAAAAAUUCGGUCUUCAAAAUUA